ACAAGAAAAUGCUCUGUUUUCCCUCGAAUUAUCAUUAUUCCUCGUUGUUUGUCUUGUCGGUGGGAUACGCUCAGCAUGGCAUUGUCUUGCGCGCCUCGUGUGGGGUGGGGGAUGGCGUGUUCCCAUUGGCUAGUUGUGGCAGCGGUCAAGACUCCUCGUAGGUCCGCAGGGCGGAUAUUAAAGCGGUGACGACAGGAGACAUUGCAUUUAUCCAUUCUUUCUACUCUGAGUCGAGAAGACUACAUACAGUAUCUAUCAUGUCUGGACGCGGCAAAGGAGGCAAGGGUCUCGGAAAGGGAGGCGCCAAGCGUCACCGUAAGGUUCUUCGCGACAACAUCCAGGGCAUCACCAAGCCCGCCAUCCGUCGUCUGGCUCGCCGUGGCGGUGUCAAGCGCAUCUCCGGCCUCAUCUACGAGGAGACCCGAGGCGUUCUCAAGGUCUUCCUGGAAAACGUCAUACGUGACGCCGUGACGUACACCGAACACGCCAAACGCAAGACGGUCACCGCCAUGGACGUUGUCUACGCUCUCAAACGCCAGGGCCGCACCCUGUACGGCUUCGGCGGCUAAAGGACCCGACGGACUCAUCAUCGCAAGCAAACCCCGGCCCUUUUCAGGGCCACCCAAAUAUCCAAAAAAGAGCUGUAUCUUCUCACAAUACGAUCGCACACAUGAACACGCCUGACGUUAUCAAUACACAAAUGAUAGUAAAGAAUGAUUGAUUGAAUGAAUGAGUACCUUUAUUGCUGAGCUUAAGAACAGAACAGAUCUCAACACAUUGUAUAUGAAAGUAUCACGGGUCUAGUCUGACAUAGUAUCGAAUAAAGACAAAGUCAAACCCAAGCCGGCCAUGUAAGCACUCAGCAACAACCGUGACCCCCUUCUCCGUACUGAUAUUUUUGUGCAUUGUUAGUUCCCGAGCAAUGCGUAUGAAGCGUGAUACGUUUUCCUUGGCUGACGUUGUUUCCGCGGCUGGUUGUCGGACUACUUUGGGUGUGUGGAAGGAGGCGUUUGAGUGAGACACAAGCGCACAUGUGUGUUCUCUAUGAAAGUCGAGUUUGCGUGUUAUGCAUUCAUACAGUCACCCAUUCCUUUGCAAAGUGGAUGAGCCGUUGAACGUAGUCGAACGUCCGCGCUCACUUUCUCCGAAGCGUGCUUACCGAAAAGAUGUCAAAUAUC